AUUCUUCUGAAGAAGAAACUUCUGAAUAUACAUUAUCUGAAUUAGAACAACAAAUAAAAAAUAGAGCACAGGACCUUAGGCUCCAGUAUAUUGCGCAAUACCUUUGGCUUAAAGAAUCAGGACUUACUAGAGUGCAAGCAAGUAAUAUAAUUUCAACUUUACUCAACCAUGGAUCUUGGACUGCAUGUUUAAUAAGAACUUGGG